AUGGCAGCGGAGCACCGCAGAGCAGCGGGGGCUCAGCCGGAGUCGUCGCGACACGGCCAAUCCGCCGUGAAGCAGUUGCAUGAUGCUGGCUUUCGCCCUACGGGCGGACCCACCCGCCGGUCGUCAAGAGGUGGUUGGACCGCCGAAGAGGACGAAAUCCUACGGCGAGCAGUGCAGUGCUAUAAGGGCAAGAAUUGGCGUAAAAUAGCGGAGUUCUUCCCCGACCGCACGGACGUGCAGUGCCUGCACCGAUGGCAGAAGGUGCUCAACCCCGACCUCGUCAAGGGGCCCUGGACCAAAGAGGAGGACGAGCGCAUAACGGAGCUGGUGGCGCAGUACGGCGCCAAGAAGUGGUCGCUCAUCGCGCAGCACCUGCCGGGGCGCAUCGGCAAGCAGUGCCGCGAGCGGUGGCACAACCACCUGAACCCGGGCAUCAAGAAGGAGGCGUGGGGCGAGCACGAGGACGUGCAGCUCAUCAAGGCGCACAAGCUCUUCGGCAACAAGUGGGCCGAAAUCGCCAAGUUCCUGCCUGGCAGGACGGACAACUCGAUCAAGAACCACUGGAACAGCUGCAUGAAGAAGCGCGCCGAGCUCUGCACUCUCGCGGACCUCCUCGCGCUUCCGCCGUCCCCUGGGCUCCCCGAAAUCCCCAUCUCCGCGGAAGUGCUGCAGGCCGCGCGCGAGGGGAAGCCGCUUCCGCCCAUCGGCGGAGACGGCGCGGAGCAGCCCGAGGGGCUGGGCAGUGUGCAGCGCAGAGCAGGGUCAGUCAGUGCAGCAGAGGAGGACCCCACUUCAGGCGGGGCUUGCGAACGUGGUAGCGCCAAGGGGAGUGAUGCAGGCGAUGGUGACAGUGACGGGCGUGAUAAGGGCGGGCUGCUUCUGCGGAUGGGCAGUGGUGCUGGCAGUAAGGAUGGCGGCACUAGGAAGGAUGGCAAUGCAACCGACCUGGAGAACAAGGAGGAGAAGGAGCAGAAGGAGGAGGAGGAGGUGGUGGAGGUGGAGGAAAAGGAGGGAAAGGAGGCAGUGGGAUUGGGAAAGGAGCAGGAGGAGGGGGAGCAGGAAGCGCAGGAGGUGGAGGAAGAGGAGGAGGAAGAGGAGGAGGAUCCGGCUGAUUUUGCGCUGCCAGCGGCUGCCAUCGAUGGCGAGGGCGGGGAGGGCGGCGCUCACUGCGGUCCGGUGACGUGGACGCUGACACGUGGCAAGAGCGUGAGCCCCGAGGGCAAGAAGCGCACACGCGAGGGCGAGGAGGAUGGGGCGCAGGCAGAGGCGAGGGGAGGAGGCGGGGUGGGAGGAGCAAGGGCGGAAGGGAGAGUGUCUCCAAGGAAACAGCUGAAGCUGGAUGGGGGGGUUGUGACGGUGGCUGCUGCUGCUGGCUCUGCUGGUGCUUCUGGUACUAGUGCUGCUGGCGGUGCAGUACUGCCUCUGAGCCGUGUGCUGCACCUGGAGCUGGAUGCUGCUGCUGACACCCACAUGCAGGACGCCGAGCGAGGCAGCAAACUGAGUCAAGAGCUCACCACGCCGCACUCGAAGCAGCAGCAGCAGGAGCAGCAGGGUGCAUCCUUGAGCAAGCUUCUCUCCUCGUCCUCCACUCUCCCGUCCCCUCCUCUCUGUGUUUCUGCCUCGUCCACACGAGACGCGUCGUCCACUCAAAAUGCCUCGUCUCCAUCAUCCCUCGCACCUGUAACCUCCACAGACACUCCCUCCACCGCCUCUCAAGCCGACGCUCCUGAGCCUCAAUCUGCAGUUGCUGCCAUUGCUGCUACAGCAGCAGCACCACCACCACCACCCCCAGCAUCUCUGGCAGCUGGUGCUGGGGCAGCAGCGGGAGCAGUGGGGCGAUCGCGUCUGGGUACUGUCCCUGUGGUCGCCUCUCCCAGAGUGGGUCCAGUGAGGUCAGGAGUGGUGGAUAAUGGUGGGAAGGUGGAGGCGACAGAGGGGAGUGCAGGUGGGGACAAGGAGCGGCGGGAGAGCAAGUGUGGUGCAAGCGAUGCAGACAACAAGCCCUGUGGCUCUGCUGCUGCUGCGGUAAAGGUUGACACCAAGGCAGGCAGCACAGGUGCAGGCUCGCACAAGGGUCCGGCGUUGAAGGCACAGACGAGGAGGCUCAUCCGCAAGGUGUUGCCUGGGGGAGGCGUUGACUGGCAGGUGGCUGCUGUGGGGCCUGGGCUGGCCAGCCUCAGGGGCAUCCUGCAGGCUGCCUCCGGUGCACCGCCGCCCCUCACAGGGGCCCUGCCCUCGCACAUACGCACAGGCACUGCUGGAGGCACAGGGGCAGCCGCCGCAGCAGCAACAGCAGUGGCGGUGCCUGCAGGGCUGUUUGGAUCCGGGCGUCUGCUGGCCUCUGCAGCAGCUGCAGCAGCCGCCAAGGCUCGGCCCGCACCAAGGGAGCUUUGCUCGCCGGAGCUGCCAGGUUCGGGUGCGAGUGUGAGCUACUCAGGGUGCUACAGCAGCUGCAGUGGCAGCCAGUCGUGCAUGAGUGGGGCACUCUCCCCCUCAGUCACACCAGCGACCUCCCCUCCUGCUGCAGCACUGAUGGCCGCCACUAGCACCAUGGCCUCUGCCACUGUCACCUCUGCUGCUGCUGCUGCACCGCCUCCGCCCCUGCAGAUGCCCUCACCUGCGCAGCCCCAACUGCCCCUUGUGCAUGGCAAGAGCGGUGGCAGGGCGGGGAGUGCGAGGGUGGCCCUGGCUGCUUCUGGUAGCAGUGGCGACGGUGCUGCCGGUGGUUCUGCUCGUGAUGGCUCUGCUGCCAGUGGUGCUGAGUGUGCGUCUGCAGAGGCUGGUGAUGCGGCAGCAGCAGAGGUUGGUGAGACAAUGGCUGUGGAUCGCCCUGGUGUUAGCGAUUCCCACCAUGCUGCUGCUUCCGCAGCACCUGAAGCAACACCUGAUGCACGUGAUGGUGGUGGCAAGGAAGAGAUUGACCCUCUUAGGUGCGCAGAAGCAGUGAGUGAUGAGGUCGCAACAGUGGCAGCAGAAGGCAAGCCAUGCACGGCACUGCCACCAGCACCAGAACCACACAACACCUCCAUGUCUCCAUCCCACACACUCAAGCGCCCCUUCUCUGCAGCCGACGACGCCGACCCGCCAGCUGAUUCUAGCGCUGCUGCUUGUGGCUCUGCAGCCGCUGCUGCUGGUGCUGCUGAGGGAGGCGACGGUGGUGGUGGAGUGAAUGGCGGAGAGGCGGGUGCAGCAGCAGCAGUAGCAGCAGGAGCAGCAGUAGCAGCAGGAGGAGAGGCGGGUUCGGAGAGGAAGGUGAGGCGGGUGCGACCGCCGCUGCACCGGUGCGUGGGCAAGCCACAGCAGCAGGUGCAGGCGCAGGGGGAGGGAGAGGGCGAGGGUGGAGAGGCGGAGGGAGAAGCAUCAGGCGGUUGCGCUGGCGUGCUGUCCCCACCCCCUCUCAAGCGUGUGGCAACAGUGCGAGCAGCAGCAGUAGCAGCGGAGGGACAAGGGAACAGCAUGGGUCGAGCGGAGGCAGUAGGGGGUAAUGGAGGGUCUAAUGCGGUGGGAGGGGGUGAGGGGGCAGCAGGGUCAGAGGGGCAGUGGGUGCUGCAGGAGGUGGGUGUGGAGGGGUCGCUCUUCUCCCCAACGCCCUCGCGUGCGGGCAUGGCGGGCGUGGCGUCGCUCACCUCACCCAUGUCUCCCUUCACUGCCCGCUGGCUCUCGGUGCGUUGCUCCCCUGCCCAUCCUUGCAGCUUCCCAUUCAUUUCCUCACCUUCCCCUCCUCUCUGGACUCUCUUUGGUCUCUUUCCCUUCUUUUUCUGCCUCUCACGCUGCAGCCCACACUGUCCACUGCUGCAGCCUUCUGCCUGGCCCACCACCCUUAUCUCAUCCAUAUUGUCUGUCCCGCUGCCUCUCCCCGCCCCUGCCCUCCCCCCGCCCCUGCCCUCUCCCCGCCCCUGCCCUCUCCCCCACUUCCUGCAGCCUGUGAGGCCGCAGGCGCUGGCAUCGCUGGACGUCUUCCGCUGCAGCACGCCCGCUUCGAUGCGCAAGGCGGGCUUCGCACGCUCGCAUGCGCACGCACAGGCAAACACGCAUGCGACAAUGGUGGAUGGUGAUGCAGCUGACUGUGACCUGGCAGCGGGCACUGGGCUCAGCAAGACCACGUGGGGCGAGCCCAUCAGCCCUGCCAGCUACCUGCUGCGCGAGUACCGAUGA